AUCGUUGCUCUAUUAAUGUGGACCUGGAUGUUUUUCCUACAGCGGCUUCCCAACGGACCGUCCUCCAUCCUGGAUGACGCCGACAUGGACCGACAGAGAGAGGGUGAGAUCGAGCGGCAGAGGUCAGAGCUGGGGCAGCUGAAGGAGAGACUGGCUCUCAUGUGCAGACAGGUUGGAGAGAUCGAGGAGCAGCUGACAUCUGCCAGGAGGGAGCUGGCCCGUUCAGAGGAGGCCAACCAGAAACUACAGAGGGACCUGAAGGAGGCCCUUUGUCAAAGGGAAGACAUGGAGGAGAGAAUUACCACAUUAGAGCGCAGGUACCUGAGUGCCCAGAGGGAGGCGACGUCUCUCCAUGACAUAAAAGACAAACUGGAAAACGAGUUGGCCAGCAAGGAGUCUCUCCACAGACAGAGCGAGGAGAAAAACCGGCAGCUUCAGGAGUGCCUGGACGACGCCAAACAGAAGCUGCAGCAAACCCUGCAAAGGGCCGAGACGCUGCCUGAGAUCGAAGCCCAGCUCGCUCAGAGAGUGGCAGCGCUCAACAAGGCAGAGGAGCGUCAUGGCAACUUUGAGGAGCGGCUGCGACAGAUGGAGGCACAACUGGAGGAGAAGAACCAGGAGCUACAGAGAGCGAGGCAGAGGGAACGGAUGAAUGAUGAACACAACAAGCGUCUCUCUGACACUGUGGACAAACUGCUGUCUGAGUCCAAUGAGAGGCUGCAGCUGCAUCUGAAGGAGAGGAUGGCCGCUCUGGAGGAGAAGAAUGCCCUAUCUGAGGAAUUAUCCAACAUGAAGAAACUCCAAGACGACCUGUUGGCUAACAAGGACCAGCUGAUAGCGGAGCUGGAGCGUCUGCAGCUGGAGGUGGAUCAGCUUAGAGCUCGACCUGGAGGCUCCUAUUCCAGCCGUUCUUUGCCAGGCAGCGCCUUGGAGCUGAGGUAUUCCCAUGGAGGUGGAUCCCUUCCAACAGGCUCCACCGCUCACCUCGAUCCCUUCGGUAAUGCCUCUGGUGGAGGUGUUGGCAGACGCCACAGGGCCCGCUGGAGCACUGCCCAUGAGGACUCAAGCAAGUACCCAGACUGGGAUAGCGGGGCUCUGCUGGGGACCGGGUACGAGCAGAGCAUGGACGUGGGCUGCUCUGACGACGAAGAGGACGAACAUCGUUUUGAACUGCUUUCUCCCAGCGGACAGAAAGACGUGCAGACCCUGGCCAUCAUGCUGCAGGAACAGCUGGAGGCCAUCAAUAAGGAGAUCAAGUUGAUCCAAGAGGAGAAGGAGAACACAGAGCUGCGAGCCGAGGAAAUCGAAAGCCGGGUCAGCGUGGCGUUGGACAGCCCACCCAUCCCUCCCUCGUCCUUAGGCAGAGACAGCACAGGACGAGGCUUCAUUCCAUCGUCCAUCACGUCCUCCACCCUGGCCUCCCCGUCCCCCCCCAGCUCUGGACACUCCACACCUCGCCUGCCUCACUCCCCAGCCCGGGAGACUGACAGACAGAACAACAAAGAGGACGAUCGAUCCCUCGCUCUCCUCGACUCCACGCCUCCUCCUACUCCUCGUGCGCUGCGAUUGGACAGAAUGAACCUCACCCAUCCGGGUGCGUUGCUCGACGACCCCCGGGAGUUUCGGAGCCUUUCUGCAGAUGGCAGCAGCUCCAACAGCAGCCAAGAUUCUCUCCACAAGUCUAAUAAAAAGAAAAGCAUCAAGUCGUCAAUUGGCCGGCUUUUUGGGAAAAAGGAGAAGGGACGAUUGGGUCAACCUGGUCGAGAUGGAACCCCUUCUCUCGCAUCUACUCCCUCUGAAGACCUCGGAACUGGAGACGCAAUGGGGAUAAACAAGACAGGAACUCUUGGUCCAGCAGAUAAAGACCGUCGCAGCAAAAAGAAACAUGAACUACUGGAAGAAGCCUGUCGCCAAGGACUUCCAUUUGCAUCUUGGGAUGGACCUACUGUUGUUUCUUGGUUAGAGCUGUGGGUGGGCAUGCCAGCGUGGUACGUCGCUGCCUGUCGUGCCAAUGUAAAGAGCGGUGCCAUUAUGGCAAACCUGUCCGACACAGAAAUCCAGAGGGAGAUCGGAAUCAGUAACCCACUCCACCGUCUCAAGCUGCGCCUGGCCAUCCAGGAGAUGGUGUCCCUCACCAGCCCAUCUGCCCCAGCCAGCACACGCUCUUCCACCAGUAAUGUGUGGAUGACCCAUGCAGAGAUGGAGUCUCUGAACGCCACCACCAAGCCUCCGGAGCUAAAGGAAUUCAGCUGGGAUCAGAUACUGGCCUACGGUGAUAUGAAUCAUGAGUGGGUGGGCAAUGACUGGCUGCCCAGCCUGGGCCUCCCCCAGUACCGCAGCUAUUUCAUGGAGUCCCUAGUAGACGCUCGCAUGCUGGACCACCUAACCAAGAAGGAGCUGAGAGGACAGCUGAAGAUGGUAGACAGCUUCCACAGGGUGAGUUUGCAUUAUGGCAUCAUGUGCCUAAAGCGCCUGAAUUACGACCGCAAGGAGCUGGAAAGGAGGAGAGAGGACAGCGUCCACCAGAAUAAAGAUGUGAUGGUGUGGUCCAAUGAGCGUGUGAUGUGCUGGGUCCAAAGCAUCGGUCUGAAGGAGUACGCAGACAACCUCCGAGAGAGUGGAGUCCAUGGCGCUCUGCUGGCUUUAGAUGACACUUUUGACUACACUGACCUGGCCCUGCUGCUACAGAUCCCCAAUCAGAACACACAGGCCAGGCAGGUUCUGGAGCAGGAGUACAACUCCCUAAUAUCCAUGGGAACUGAGAGACGACCUGAUGAGGAUGGAACAAAGACGUUUACCCGCUCGCCCUCCUGGAGGAAGAUGUUUAGGGAGAAAGACCUCCGAGGUGUGACCUCCGACUCUGCCGAGACGCUGCCCGCAAAUUUCCGUGCCUCAGCCAUUUCCACCCCCUCCGUUACCCUGAGAAAGGUUCAGAGCGAUGCAGCCAGCUCUGGUGCCCGGGGUGAAUCUGCCUCAGUGAGGACGUACUCCUGUUGAGCUGCUGAGGGCUCCAACUGGUUUGGGACUGAAGGACCCUCUCACUCAUCAAUGAAGAAGGAAGCAAUGACUUUACUAUUUAACCUAAAAGUAAACCUGGCCAUUCUGCAAUAACAGUAGCGAAGGAAGAAAAAGGGGAAAAAGACAUGAAGAAUGUAUAAAACAGUUCUCAGAUUUAGCAAUUUGAAUCGGAUCGGCUGUUUUCUCUCUCCGUCUGUCCCUCCGCGUCCUGCGUUGUCGGGUGACUAAAGGACAACGCCGGCGGUGGUUAGGCCAGUGCAGUCAGUCAGCCAAGGGUUCAUUUUCCCACCUUCUGAUGAUAACCUCCCUCUGCCGUUUAUCGUCUUACACUUUCAAACAUUUGAACCCCCGGCUCCACAACAAGGACUAUGCCGGAAACCAAACGCAUUGUUAUGGUGGGAUUCAGAGGGUGUUCAAACUGUAAAGCGAUUCUGGGAGACAGAUAGAUGUGUCAGAUGCGACACUGGUGCUCCUUUUUCCACUGGUGUCCAGUUUCAGCCACCGUGGCCCUUUUUGUUGGCCUCUACGGUCCCCACCAGGAUCGGGUGGAGUGGUUUAACUCUUCUGAAUUCAGACCACCAUUUAUGUCCAACCACAUCAGAGGUCUAUUGUCUUUUGGCACCUUGAAAGGAGAUAGUGCUCUCUUUUGAAGAGGAAUCAAAGGAUUACAAUUGGAGGGAGCGAAUUUGCUCUGCAUCAGGAAAUCAGUUUUAAUACAGAUGGUACCAGAUGCUUUUACUGGUUAUCUUCAAAGUAUUUCUUUUAUGACCCUUCAAUUAAAUUUUUUAAACUCCAUCUGAGGGGAAUUUGUGUAAAAUAAAACCUUAAAUAGACUAUUAUUUAGCUGCAGUAGCACAUCCAACUUAACAAUUAAAAAUCCAAUAUUCUAUUUUCUUCCCCUGCAGAAAUAAAUACUGGUGUGCCAUGGAUCCUCUUUGAAAUAGGAAAAACUAGAAAACAUGCCAUUUAAAUAAGAUACAUGUUGCUUGAGCCUUAUAAGCCUAAACCUGCUUGUACAAAACAAGUGAAACUGGGAUAAAACCAGUUUGUUUCAUAGCCACACCCAGUGAGCAGAAUGGUCUCUAAAAGUACCAAUACAUGCAGUAAAAAGUUGCGUCUUGGGGUGGGGUUCCACAUCUCGAUAGCAACCGUUAGUUGACAUCUGCAUGCCAACUAGCUGUUUGAGCAUUAUUGUGUUUUUUCUGCCAUCUUAUAACAACUUGAAGAUAAUAGCUACAAGUUUAACUCUACCAGGCCAGUAAGUGGGACCAUCGCCCGCUCUGGUUCUGUUUGGUUUGCGAGCCGGUUGCCAGGUCUGUUGAUGCUAAUGCUUAGCUUUAGCAAACAUUUGAGUUGCCUCCAGAAUGAAAGCGGCAGACAGCUGAAGAACAUCCGAGACAUUUUGUGGAUAAAAACUAAAACGUUUAAACUCCCAUGGGAGCUUUUUCAUGCAACCCUUCCUGUCUGCACUUCAUACUGUACCCAUUGAUAAACAUGGUGGACGACACUGCAGGACAUCUUUCUCUUCAAAAUAUCAAAAGUUUUGAAAUAGAAAAUUGUAGGAGCUCCAGCAUUAAACUGAAAGUAGUUUUUUUUUUUGGCCAAAUCCACUCAAAAAGGAAAGUCUCUUUAAAUCCUCUCAUCAUAGGCUACUUCGAUUAAAAACUAUUAAAAAAAUGUUACUCAUCUUUACCAUGGUUGGCAAGCGUAGCUUUGUUUAGGAGAACUUACUGAAGUAAAAGUAGAGCAACUCUAGGAUGUACACUCUUUUUGAUAUGUAUAUAUAUAUAUAUAUUGCUCAAUACAAAGACAUUGAAAGCAAGUAAGUUUUAUAUAGAAUAACAAAUGAAAAGGAAAAGUUAUAGCAGUAUUAUUAUUUCUGAAAGGAAACUCGGGACAAAAGAACUAAAUAUUUCCUAGAGUUACUUCUAUAAAAAGGACGUGAAACUGAUUAGUAAAAAGUUUUAUUUUUUUUUUAGCUCUCUUUACUAUAUUUUUGAUUUAUUCUUUAAUGUCGUUUUGUUUUGAAACAAAAUUUUAGCUUCUUACGUAAUUAGAUGGCUCCAAUUGUGACAUUUGAGCCAUCUAAUAAAAAGCUUAAUUACUGGAAAUUUAAACAUGCCUUAUUUAAAUAUUUUAAAUAUUUAUGUAUUAGUUGAUAAAUUAGUUGGAUUUUUUCCCAAAACGUAGGUUGAUUCGGUGGAUGAAAAAGCAGUGGCCUGGGGCUUCGCCUGG